UGCUCUUGCUUCCUUGCUACCACGGCUUCCGCCUGCUGACAUAGGUCUGAUGUGGGUCGGUAAGGGCUAUGAAUAUGGCAAGGGACCUCAGGAUGGGAUGAGUUUCUCCUCGUCAAUGGGCAAGGGCUUUUUCAAUGGAGCUGAUUAUGGACACGGUGGUGAUUACGGAAAAGGUGGUGGCUAUGGAAAAGGUGCUGACUACGGAAAGGGUGGCGAUUAUGGAAGAGGAGUUGACUACGGGAAAGGUGGCGACUACGACUAUGACGUCGGCUAUUCCAGGCCAUCCUAUCAAGGAAAGGGCUCCUGGCCCCCAAUGUCUUCAAAGGGUCCUAGCUUUGGAGCGCCUUCCAAAGGGCCCAUGGCUUCCAAGGGGCCCAUGGCCAAGGGGCCUCCGUCGGCCUACGGUCCCAAGGGGGGCUAUGGCGGCUUCAGCGAUACGUAUUCGAGGCCCAAGGGCGUUUCCAGCAAAGGGAACGAAACAAGAAAGCCACCAGAUACAGGCCAUGAAAUUCCGCCUCCACCUGCUCCAGUGAAAAUAGGAAGCCCUGAAGCUUUGGAAUUGCAGCAAAGUUGGAAUCAAUCUCAUGGAAAGCCCCAGGCCAAAGGUGCCUCAACUUCCACGAGAAACGCAAAGCCAAGCAAUGGAAAUCAGAAAAACACGGGGGAAAAGCCUCCUGAGAAGCGAAAAACGGGAAAUGCGCACUGGCAGCCAAAGAGUGGAACAUCGAAAGAGAAAGAAAGAGAAAAGACAGAGGUGAUGAGCGCAGAAGUGCGUGAUGACAACCCCUACAGCCGGCUUAUGGCACUGAAACGAAUGGGUGUUGUCGAAGAGUACGAGAAGAUUCGUUCAUUUUCGGUCUUGAUUGUUGGCAUUGGAGGAGUUGGUUCCGUGGUCGCAGAGAUGUUGACUCGAUGCGGCAUAGGUAAGCUUCUCCUCUUCGACUACGACAAGGUUGAACUUGCCAACAUGAACCGACUAUUCUUCAGACCAGAGCAAUCAGGCCUUUCAAAGGUGGAGGCCGCCCAUCACACGCUUCAAGGAAUCAAUCCUGAUGUGGAGUUCGAAACAUACAACAUGAACAUUACAUCAGCCGAAAACUACGACCUCCUGCUCGAACGAAUAGAGAAUGGUGGCCUGGAGAAGCAGAGGGUAGACCUAGUUCUCAGCUGCGUGGACAACUAUGCUGCCCGCAUGACCAUCAAUCAGGCCUGCAAUGAGCUUGGACAGAUGUGGCUGGAGUCUGGAGUGUCUGAAAAUGCGGUGUCUGGCCACGUCCAGACCAUGAUCCCUGGCAGGUAUGCAUGCUUUGAAUGUGCUCCUCCUGCAGUAGUGGCCAGUGGUGGUGAUGAGAAUGCUAUAAAACGAGAGGGAGUUUGCGCAGCAUCGCUGCCAACCACGAUGGGCAUCACAGCAGGUUUGUUGGCCCAGGCAACCUUGAAGCAUUUGCUCAAGUUUGGAACGGUGUCAAAUUUCCUUGGAUACGAUGCCUUGGGUGAUUUCUUCCCUUCGUAUGGAAUGGCUCCAAAUCCUGAGUGUAGCAGCCGACACUGCAGAUUACGACAAGAAGAUUGGCAAGACAAGCCUGAGGAGAUGAUGGAGCGAUAUGGCUUGAGGGAGGAGAAAACUUCAGACGAUACAGGCACAAUGGAGUUGCACCCUGACAACGAGUGGGGCAUUGUUGUAGAAGAUGCCAGCGAUGGAGCUGUUCAAGAGGCUCCGAAGGAUGAGGUGGUUGACACACAGGGAGCUUCUGUGGCAGAUCUUAUGGCUUCAUUAAAAUCAUUGGGCGCCCAGUGACCAAGGCAACCAAUGUCUUGUUUGGGCCAUAGCGACUAGCAUGGCUAGCCGCGUG